AUGGCGAACUCCAAUGAAGCCGACGAACCUGUUCGACGCCUACGCUCGUCGUUGCUCGAAAAUGUCAUGAAUCACGGCAAGAUUCUUCGGCUAUUGGUAUUGGAUAUUCGAGAGGUCAUAGAUCAACCGCAGUCAUGCAUGCGAUUCGAUCUCUACGGAGUGCAGAAGCUCAUUGGGUCAUGUCCCAAGAUCGAGUUUAUUGGCAUGCCAGUCAACCUGCAGGCUUCUGGCGGACAGCGUUAUCGACGAAUGAAUUAUGAAAAGAACAUCCAUUUAUCGGCGAGGCAGCUGAAAGCGUUCCAUCUCCGGGGCGAUUAUCGCCCCUUCAGUAGAACUCUGAACGACGCUAAGCACGUGUCAAAGCCAUUCCGAAACCGCUCAGAUUUUGAAAUCUUCAUAGGUCACUACGAUAAACUCCGAAAAGUUUCUUUUAAUCUUAAGGGCGAGCGGAAGUUCCUCAACGUCAAAGAGGAGGAGGUCAAAUUGUAUGAUUUAAAUUUGUGA